CCUCAGUGCAAAAUGUUAUGCAGUGUUACGGAAUCGUCUGAAAGGUUACCAUAAUUUGAAUCUAAUUUAUUCAAAACCAUGGAACUUAAUUUAACUCGUGUUGACUACCUGCAAGUUGGCCUUACCUCUACAAGAUGUCUUCGUGUCCUACCUUCAACUUCACCGAAAAGUCAGCAAAAGGUCGUAGUUGGAGACCAUGAUGGAGUGAUUCAACUUUUCAACAUGAAGCGGGGUGAGGUGCAGUAUGGCUUCCAGAGUGGUGUCAGCAAAGCAAUCACUCGAGUAGAACUUGGAGGAGCUCUUGGUACUGUCCAGGAUAAGAUCUUUUUGUCAUCGGGCAAUGAAGUACGAGGAUAUACCAAAAAGGGGAAGCAAUUUUUAGGGUUUGAUACGAAUCUAACAGAAGAAAUAAAGUCAAUGCAUAUCAGCGGAAGUGAUCUCCUGGUAUGUGGAGACUAUGUGUACAACCACUAUCACGACUGCCAAGAUUCCAACUACUACCUUGCUGCCGACAAGAUAAAUGAUGUGAUAACUCUGCCGGCUGAGAAGAGUAAGAAAGUAACAGCUUCUUGUUUUAGUGACAUGUGCAUAGAGGCCUGCAAAAAAAAUUCUCAAGCUGUGUUUAUGCUUCAUUCCAAACCACAUCUUUAUUUGAUAUAUGGUGUAAUGUUAAUGUUUCUCCAGGAAAUCAAAAGUGCUUGUAUGUGA